AUGGAAUCUAAUAAAUCUGAACCACUGUCUGCAGUGGUUGUCGAAAGGAAAAGCUCGCUUAAUGGUGAACCAUUAUCCGAAUCCGAUUACAUAAUAACUGAAAUGCGAAUGGGUACCAACAACUUCUUACUAACACUUCCACGAGGAGCUUACACAGGCGCGCGUACCGUUAAAAGAACUUCAAUAAUGGAUCUCCAAGAGCAUUUAAAUCGCACAUGUAAUUCUAUGAAACUUAUGAAGUUCACCCCACCUGCUGAAAACUUGAAAAUUAUGGAGCAUAAUGACAACUCUUCUAAUAGUGUAUCAGAAUAUGAGGUUUUAGAACAAGAACCAGAAUAUGUUACAAAGGAGUUGGAGCCGUACAGGGAUCUCGAAAAAUUAAAAGAGAUGGUGAUCCCAUUGUUUAAAUUAGGUUUAAAAAAAUAUUUCGAAAUUGAAGAAGAAACACCUUGGCAUAUCAAGGGUAUAGGUGAAAUAAAAGUGACGCUGAUUGUUUGUUACUCGUUUGAGGAAUCGCGACCUAGGAUGGUUGUUCAUGUCACACCGUUGCAUGCGCCUAAUUCACCAAGAUGUCGGAUAGAAGUGUACGGAGAACCUCGAAGAAUGGCAGAGAUUAAAGAUUCUCAAUGGGUUCGAGAUCGUCAAGCCCUCGUGGAAUCCAUGCGUCCGGGAUUCAAUGAAAUUGUUCUGUUUGACUCUCACACUUUUAAUAUCUAUGAGGGCUUAAGUUCGAACUUUUUUGCUGUCUUGCAUAACCCCGACACGCGCCGACCUCUAGUGGUAACAGCACCUUCGCAUUGUGUGCUUAUCGGCACGAUCAUGAAGAUAGUUAUAAUGAUUUGCGAAAGGGAUGAGAUAGAUUUCAAGUUUUGGUUUCCCAAUGUGCUCGAUGGAAAUCAGUGGAAAGGAGCUUUUAUUACUAGCACAUCUCGACUUGUCCUUCCAGUCGAUAUUAUGAAAUUCCGUGAUGGCAGACCAAUGUUGAAAUUGCCAGCAAACGAUGAAACAGUCGAGCACAUUAAAAAUGAAGUUGCGAAGGAGAUCUUAAAGAGAGCAUACCCUAUUCUAUGA